UAACAGUCGCAUUCGAUUCCGGGCGGUUGCACUAUAUCGACCAUAGAGUAAAGUAAUUUUUUUAUUAUUAUUUUUAAAUAAACCAUAAACACGUACCGUACAAGUGACAGUGUGGAGAUCGUUGAGAAUUUGGCUUGUGACUUGGUUUUCAAUUUCAAAGGGCCAAUCAACGAUACAAAGAUGACUCUCGAACAGCCUACAGGUGAGAUGUGGCAGAAGAUCCGCGAGGAAUUGAACGAGAAGCCAGAAGGCAAGGAACAGGAUUUGGAGCAUAUCAAGGAGUGGCUCAAGAAAGAACCACAUCUACCUGAUGAAUUUGAUGACCAACGUAUCAUGACCUUCCUCCGAGGCUGCAAGUUCUCAUUAGAAAAGACCAAGCGCAAACUGGACAUGUACUUCACAAUGCGCUCUGCUGUUCCGGAAUUCUUCGACAACCGUGACGUCAUGCGUCCAGAAUUGCAAGAGAUUUUAAACAUCGUUCAAAUGCCGCCAUUACCUGGUCUGACACCAGACGGCCGACGAGUCAUCCUUAUGAGAGGUGUUGACAAAGAUGCUCAGACACCGAACGUAGCGGAUGCUUUCAAACUGGCGCUGAUGCUGGGUGACGUUAGACUGGCUGAGGAGAAGGAGGGUGUGGCUGGAGAUAUCUACAUUCUGGACGCAUCAGUCGCCACGCCCACUCACUUCGCUAAGUUUACACCGACACUGGUGAAGAAGUUCCUCGUCUGCGUACAGGAAGCUUACCCCGUAAAACUGAAACAAAUCCACGUCAUCAACGUAUCGCCUCUGGUGGACAAAAUCGUAAACUUCGUCAAACCUUUCAUCAAGGAAAAGAUCAGAGACAGGAUCUUCCUUCAUUCGGACACCAAUGAGUUGUUCAAACACGUACCAAAGGAAAUGUUGCCCGCUGAAUACGGUGGCAAUGCUGGCCCCAUGGAUGAAUUACACAAUGCGUGGGUCAAGAAAUUAGCAGAAUACAAAGAUUGGUUCGCGGAACAGGAGAAAUACAAAGCGAACGAAGCCCUCAGACCUGGCAAACCUACCAACUACGAUGAACUCUUUGGUAUCGACGGUUCCUUCCGUCAACUGGUCAUCGAUUAGAUGCUUCAUAACUAGUCCGAAGUAAACAGUUACAUCUCGUAACAAUCUCAUAACAGAUUCAACUCUUUUCAUCGGAUUGGUCGAGUGUAUUAAGAUCUCAUAUACAAAUGUCGUUAAAUUAACAUUCAUUUCAUUAUAAUUCAUGACAUUUUUUAUUUGGUCGCAUAUUCUUUCGCUUCUUUUUAGCAUUUUUUUUAGUAAAUUAAUACCAAAUGCUUUUGAUUGUCAACCAAAGUUGUAUGCU